UUGAGAGUUACAAAUGUAGUGUUUAAUUUGUAGCGGGACAAAAUAGAGACCGUGCCCUGGACACACUUUGGACGGCACCGUGUACCUCCUUGCCCAGGCGUUGUCAUAGUUACAGAUUAUGUGUAGCGCACAAGUCUUUUGUUGUCCAUGCUGCCCUUCCACUGUCGCUGUCAUUCUAAUAGUACUAAUUACCUGUUGCAUGUUGAUAUUUAACGGGAGCUCUGUCUACCCUAAGUGGUGAUUAUUAGUGAGAACUCGAACCCUAAAUCCCCUCAGGCGACUGCCCCAUGACAUCACAUGGUAUGCGAAUUACUUUUCAAAGCGUCGUUUGAGAGGCAAGAACUUCCUAAAUAGGAAGUGCGAUCAUCGCUUUCUGUAUUUUGGUCCACGUUGAAAGUUUCAGGGCAAAUAUCUUAAUAUUUUGGAUAUAAAAAGGAACCUGGGAACAAGACAGACCAUUUACUGAGAUAUGAAAACUCCUAGACAGACCAUUUACUGAGAUAUGAAAACUCCUAGACAGACCAUUUACUGAGAUAUGAAAACUCCUAGACAGACCAUUUACUGAGAUAUGAAAACUCCUAGACAGACCAUUUACUGAGAUAUGAAAACUCCUAGACAAACCAUUUACUGAGAUAUGAAAACUCCUAGACAGACCAUUUACUGAGAUAUGAGAACUCCUAGACAGACCAUUUACUGAGAUAUGAGAACUCCUAGACAGACCAUUUACUGAGAUAUGAAAACUCCUAGACAGACCAUUUACUGAGAUAUGAAAACUCCUAGACAGACCAUUUACUGAGAUAUGAAAACUCCUAGACAGACCAUUUACUGAGAUAUGAAAACUCCUAGACAGACCAUUUACUGAGAUAUGAAAACUCCUAGACAGACCAUUUACUGAGAUAUGAAAACUCCUAGACAGACCAUUUACUGAGAUAUGAAAACUCCUAGACAGACCAUUUACUGAGAUAUGAAAAAUCCUAGACAGACCAUUUACUGAGAUAUGAAAACUCCUAGACAGUCUCUGUGGCCUCAUCACUACUGACUUGUGGUGCCUGGUCUCAUCGCUCACCAUGACCCCAACCGGCCAGGCCGAGGAGUGAGACAGCCAUGUCUGAUUCUACCUUGUUCAGAGCCACCAGAAUACUCUGCAGAAGUAUAUCUAGUGACAUGGAAGAGUCUGAGGCCAAGGGCAGAGGAGGAGCUGUCCCCAUGAGGAAGAGUUCAGACAGGAGGGGUUCUGACUGGGGAAGCAUCGCCAUGCUGGAUAAGACCAAGGAAUUCUUCCAGACCUGCGAUGUGGAGGGCAAAGGCUUCAUCACACGCACCAAUAUGAGGAGGCUUCACAGAGAACUACCCCUCACUGCUGAAGAACUGGAGAAUGUCUUUGACUCCCUGAACACUGACCAGAACGGCUACCUCACCCUCGAAGUAUUCUCAUCAGGAUUCAGUCAGUUCCUGCACAGCCGGAGGAUCUCUGUAGCCGAGGACGCAGCACCCGCCCUCCCCACUUCUAGGAAGCCCUCAGAAGCCCUGUACCAGAGCCAAUGGGAUGAGAGGUUGACUGGAGGGUGGGAGGAUGAGGAGGAGAGUCACUUCUGUAUGCUGCUGGAGAGCCUAGGGGCCAGCAACGUGUUCCAGGAUCCAGGCGAGGUGCGCAGCUUGUGGGCCCAGCUGAGGAGGGACGAGCCUCACCUCCUGUCGAACUUUGAGGAAUUCCUGGCCAGAGUCACCUUCCAGAUCAAAGAGGCCAAAGAGGAGAGGAGGGAGAUGGAGAGCGCCCUCCAGAGGAAAGAAGCCACACACGACAGUGAGAUCCGCGGUCUGUAUGAAGAAAUGGAGCAACAAAUGAAAAGCGAGAAGGACCGGCUGCUCCUCCAGGACUCGGAGCGUCUCCAGUCUCGUAGUCACGACCUGGAGCACCAGCUGUCCAGUAAGGAGAGAGAGCUGGAGCAGCUCUUCCAGAAACAGAGGAGGUUGGAUCUCCAGUGUCGCGACCUGAGCAGUGAGCAGCAGGAGAGCCGGGUGGAGAAUGUCAAGCUGAAGAUGACCAACGAGGAACUGAGCAGAGAGCUGGAGAGCACCUGUCAGGAACUGUCCUUGGCCCAGGAACAACUGACCAUGCUGCAGGACCAGGCUUCCCGCCUGCACCAGGAGAGAGAGAUGGAAAUGUAUCGAGUCACUGAGGGACUACAGAGAGAGAAACAGAGUCUGAUGAAACAACUAGACCUUCUCAGAGAGAUGAACAAACAUUUAAAAGAUGAGCGAGACAUAUACUGUGCUGUGAACCCCAGGAAGUCCCUCAAACAGAAGCAGAGAGCCGGCUUGGUCAAUCUGUUUGCGGACACCAGCCAGCAGCCGGUUAAAAGAGCCUCACUCCUCACCCACAAUGGGGGUUCCUAUGAGUUCCUUGAUGCACUGCCAGUAGAACACCUUCAAAUCUCUUUUGUCUCCUCCCCCUCCUCAUCUAGCGAGGACGAUGUUGACACCGCUUGUCCACCACGUUCACCGAAAACCAACUACGGCCUGGCCAACGGCUACCACGACUCCAACACCUCGUCUCCAACCCAAGUGGUUGAGGUGGAGGCGCAGGGGGUGAGGGUGAAGGAGAGGCUCUCCAAGUUCGAGUCAGAGAAGACCCUCGCCCCCACCCAGAACGAAAGGGACAGGCAUACAGAGUACCAGAGUAAGCCGGAGGUUGGGGGCGAUGGGCUGGACGGUCCCCCAGAUGGGUGGCCUCUCCGUCGGGUUAUCUCCAUCGAGGAGGACCACCUCCCCCACCUGCUUCAUGGAGGGCCCCAGCCCCUGCUGCACCAGCUCAGUGAGGAAGACGAGGAGGAGGAAGAGGAGCAAGGGAAGGAAGAUCUGGAGAGAAGUAUCUUCUUCGCCCCUGUUCCUCUACCUGUCCCGGUCACGACAGUGUCCCCCUUCAAACACCAAGGUAGUUUCAGCAGAAUGAGAAAUAUCCCCUCGUCACCUCGAGGACAGCCCGUCGGCAAGGAGACCCAAAAUAGGGUGAAGGAGAGGGCCGUGCCUGCCCCAGACCGCCUGUUUAAGGUGCUUCUGGUGGGCAACUCCAGUGUGGGCAAGACUUCCCUGCUGCGCACCUUCUGUGACGGCCGCUUCAACCCCUCCAGCCCCGCUACUGUGGGUAUUGACUACAGUGUGAAGACUCUAAUGUUGGACAACACCCAGGUAGCCAUGCAGCUGUGGGACACGGCCGGGCAGGAGAGGUACCGCAGCAUCACCAAGCAGUUCUUCCGUAAGGCAGACGGCGUGGUGGUCAUGUACGACAUCACGUUGCUGGACAGCUUCAAGGCCGUGCGACCCUGGCUCAUCAACGUCCAGGAGGCUGCGGGAGUGGGCAUUCCCAUCCUGCUCCUGGGCAACAAGAUGGACGCGACGUCCGAGAGGGAGGUACCACUUAAAGAUGCAGAGACUCUGGCCCACGACACCCGUGUGAUAUUCUAUGAGGUCAGUGCUUACACCGGCUACAACGUGACAGAGGCCAUGAUCCACCUGGCCAGAGUGCUGAAAGAGCAGGAGGAUCGGGUGAGAGACACGUUUGUCUUACUGGAGGUCCUGCCCGUCAAGAAGAAAGCCUGCUGCAAGUGAAGACACUCUGACAGAAUAGAGAGAGAGAGCAUUUGGAAUGGCUAGAGACUCCUGAUAACAAGUAAAGACACUCUGACAGACUAGAGAGAGAGCAUUUGGAAUGGCUAGAGACUCCUGAUAACAAGUAAAGACACUCUGACAGACUAGAGAGAGAGCAUUUGGAAUGGCUAGAGACUCCUGAUAACAAGUAAAGACACUCUAACAGACUAGAGAGAGAGAGAGCAUUUGGAAUGGCUAGAGACUCCUGAUAACAAGUAAAGACACUCUGACAGACUAGAGAGAGAAAGCAUUUGGAAUGGCUAGAGACUCCUGAUAACAAGUGAAGGAACUCUUCAAUCUAACUCUUUCUCUGUGCUCUCGGAGCCAAAUCCUAACUUUGUGUACAUUUGUUAAUCAAUAUCUCAAAUUAGGACGGCCCUUCUUUCAGUACCUGUUUUGUUAAAGGCAAAGAGCCCAGUUGAGCUGGAUCCUAGUGGAUUUAGCUCUAGUCUACAUUACAACCUUUUUCUGUUAUUUGGACCUCCUGACUGUUAUGAGCAAUAGACAUGUGUUCUACUGUAGAACUAAUGGUAUAUUUGGUCAAUUUAAAAAGUGGAUCAACCAUUUCAAUCUAUAGAAUGACUGUUUUUCUUUAGUUGUGAUUAUGUUGUUAAUCAAAACACAGAAUGGAUAUGUAAAUAAGAGCUUGAUUAAGUUGGUAGUCUGUUACAAAAUAAUGAUUGUCAUAAAUGUGAUUAAAAUACUGAUGUGAAAUC